UAUUGAAUAAAACAGCACUCUAUCCCAAUCGAAUAAUUGAAAUGUGCGCGCACUUUAUUUGAGCAGACUCACAAUACGUCAAGUGAUCCUUAUCCGCGAACAAAAUGUCGACCGCCGAACUGAAUCCGAGACCUUUGCGGGUUUCUCCUUUUAUUAAAUUUUGUCGCUGGAGUUUGCUUCUUUCUGGAAUUGCUUAUGGUGCAUAUCACCAGCGGAGAUUAAGUAGAAUAGAAAAUGCUCGUAGAGAAGAGGAAUUAAGGCUUAAACCAAUCCGCGAUGCUAAACUAGCUGAGGAAAAGAGACUUUCCAUAUUAGCCGAGCAAAAAAUGCUUGAAGAAUUAUUCAAUCCACCCAAAGCAACAUAAACUUAAUUUGUUUGGCAUUAGUAUAUAUGUUCACAAAAAUAUUGAUUGAUCUAUAAAACUAGUCGACAUAUUGCUCCGACAUCAUUAUCAUAGUCACAGAUGAUAAACUCUACAUUGUAUAAAAGUAUCAAAUAAAGAUCUGUGAAAAAUACAUAAUAUUAUAUAAUGGCCCACACAUAUACAACUUGUGUAGGCAGAAUGAGAUUGAUGGUAAACAUUGUAUGUUACACAUAAUAUGUUUAAAUUAUAUAUAUAUAUAAUAACAGACAAAA